GGCGGGACCAGCCAGAUGGAUGACUGGAGUUUCCCUUGCGGUCUGAAGAUUAAUGGAAGGGGGGUCUGUUGAUUUUAGUAAUCGACUAUCAGAUGAUCGGUCCCAUUGCACUUGACGGCUGCUUUAGGAAUGAAUGGAGGGAGAUCCAUUUGACAUAAGAAACAGCGGAGAAAACCAAUAACCCGGACGGCACUUUUGUUUCCCGGGUCUCAGCUGAAAAGGCCUGACUACAAGAGAUAGCACCUGGGUAGGUCAGGCCAGGAUACGACUGCGAGGGACGCUACGAGCUAACGCCAGCUUGCUCGUUUGACAGACGGAAAAACGGCUUUCGACGAUCUCUCCUGGUCCUGACUUGAUUUCGGAUAAACGAAGCCUUAUCUGGAAGCAAAGGACAGUCGAGUGCCGUCUUGACCUGCCGGUGCUCGCCUGCAAAUCGACAAGCUAAACGCUACCAAGCUAACAUCCACUGGUUAUCUCGGCUAGCAGCCGUGCUAGCCUAGCUCACUCAAAGCGUCAGUUUUAGCUGCGAACUUGGAUCUACUCGCUGGGCUGGAGGUUGUUUUUCGACGUGGGGAAAGUAUUGGGGAAGAAAUACAUUCGCACCCAUCGGUCAAUAAUGGUAGCUGUUAGCUAGUAGCUAGCUGUCAGCUUCAUUGAGACUGUCGACUGCGCUAAGAGGUGUAGCAUCACUCCACGACUUGUACAGGAGAAGUCAGCCCGGACCCAGGGACUCCACCACCAGCCUGCCAUCAUGGGCAACACGCCCACUGCAAAGAAGGGCAAUGAGAUGGAGAGCGUGAAAGAGUUUCUUGCCAAAGCCAAAGAAGAUUUCUUGAAGAAAUGGGAGAAUCCAGCACAGCAAACUGCGGCAUUGGACCACUUUGAGCGUUUGAAGACCUUAGGCACUGGUUCGUUCGGUCGAGUCAUGCUGGUUAAACACAAAGAGUCGGGCCAGCAUUUUGCCAUGAAAAUACUUGAUAAACAGAAGGUAGUGAAGCUGAAGCAGAUAGAGCACACACUGAACGAGAAACGUAUCCUGCAAGCGGUCAGCUUUCCCUUUCUGGUGCGACUGGAGCACUCUUUUAAGGACAACAGUAAUCUGUAUAUGAUAAUGGAGUAUGUACCCGGGGGUGAAAUGUUCUCACACUUAAGGAGAAUUGGUAGAUUCAGUGAACCACACGCCCGCUUCUACGCAGCCCAGAUUGUACUGACCUUCGAAUACCUUCACUCACUGGAUCUCAUCUACCGAGAUCUGAAGCCGGAGAACCUGCUCAUCGACCACCAAGGUUACAUACAGGUAACAGAUUUUGGAUUCGCGAAAAGGGUGAAGGGCCGAACCUGGACGCUUUGCGGGACCCCAGAGUACCUGGCACCGGAGAUCAUCCUCAGUAAGGGUUACAAUAAAGCAGUGGACUGGUGGGCCCUGGGCGUGCUGAUAUAUGAGAUGGCUGCUGGUUACCCCCCCUUCUUUGCCGACCAGCCUAUUCAAAUUUACGAGAAGAUUGUAUCAGGGAAGGUUCGCUUUCCCUCUCACUUCAGCUCAGACCUGAAGGACCUGCUGAGAAAUUUGCUUCAGGUGGACCUGACCAAGCGCUUUGGCAACCUCAGGAAUGGAGUCAACGAUAUCAAGGGCCACAAGUGGUUUGCCACCACUGAUUGGAUAGCCAUCUACCAGAGGAAGGUGGAAGCUCCCUUUAUUCCUAAGUGCAAAGGCCCCGGCGACACGAGCAACUUCGACGACUACGAGGAAGAGGAAAUCAGAGUCUCCUUCACAGAGAAGUGUGCAAAGGAGUUUUCUGAGUUCUAGAUUCCAACCAUGAGUAGCAGAGAGAGAAAGAGUGAGAGAACGAGCGAGAGAGACAGGCAUUUAGAAGGUAAAAGGGGGUCUGAAGACAGGAAGCGCUAGGGUGGACUGCUAACUUGCUUAUUUGUUAUGACGACAACAAUGUAAAAUCCCCCCCAGUGGAAAUGUAGGCAAAGUGAAGAAAGAUCCAGCAGAACCAGCAGUGUUGCCUUUUCUGAUUGUUUCUCAACUGUUACCUAUUUGUUUUAUUUAUCCCUCUUGUGUUUGUGGCAGGGGCUGGAGGAGAACAGACACAGGUUGUGGCUGUUCAGCUAGACUUGUAUCUUUCUGAUGGUGUAAUGACACGUUUUGAGUCUUUGCAGGUUGAGGCAUUGAUUUUUUUGUUAAGGUACUGAAUCUGCUAUAGGCUCCUUCCCCCCCCACUGAUCGGGCCCUCUCUUCAAGCUUCUCAACGAGCGAUUGUUGUAUCUCGUCCCCCCCCCCUGUC